GGAAAUGGGGCUGAGAGGAGGAAGUGGUGCGGUGGCGGGGGCAUUACCGAACCUAAUUCGGAGCCUCCGGAAUGAAUCCCACCCGAAGACCCGAGCCCAGCAAUCGCUUCCGUCGUUGAGACGCGCAUUCUCUCUGUACGAUCAGAUCAAUUUAAUCGACAACGUUCCGGAUGACCAGCUCCGAUUUCAAGGAUACACUGACACGGGUUUCAAGGUGAAUGGGGUCGACUACGAGGGAAGCUUGCUUUGUAUCGGCAACAUGCUCAUGUCUUGGGCUCCCAAAAAGUUCUCUGACAUCACUCCUGAUAGCUUGUCAAUGUUCCAACUUAUGCGGCCUAUACCAGAGAUUUUGAUUCUUGGCUGUGGGAGAUACAUUGAGCCUGUGGAUCCUGAAGUGCGACUCUUUGUUCGGUCUACUGGAAUGAAGUUAGAAGCCGUUGAUUCGAGAAAUGCCAUAUCAACUUACAACAUACUGAAUGAGGAAGGUAGGAUUGUGGCUGCUGCGCUUUUACCUUACGGAUGUGGAGUUUCUUCAUGAUGCAUUGACUGGCCUCAAGAUGCUUGCUUUCAGUCUGUAACAAUGAAUCUCCAUGAUCACUAGGUACAUUCAAGCUCAAGUAAAAUAAUCUUGUUCAUCAUGUAACUAGGGACUUCAGAGGCAUGGCAGACCAAUUUUUACUGUGUAAGGUGGUCUGUCAUUGGUGUAUGCUUGUUGAAUUAGUGCAUUCUAAUUGAUUACAUGUUUUUGAUAGAGACCAUGUGGUACAUAAUAAUAUUACUGCUUGUAUUUUCUUUUCCUCACAACUUUCCAAAUUAGACCAAGCCGAAUCCCAUAUGAGCAGAUCCUUGAAAUACGUUUAUACCACGCAAGUAACAUGCUCCUUCAUUUUGACAACAUGUUGACGAGGUUUUGUUAACUAAUAAAUAUAUAUGUGGGUAAAGAUCAGUCUAAUUCCCGGGUGGAAUGGGGGACU